ACUGGCCCUUCCUCUUUUCCGGCCUCGUCCUCUCUUCCCCGGCGCAUCUGUAUGGGGAUGAAGGGAGUAGCACCUGGGCACAGUUCGGCAAGCACCUGAGCCCCAUUUCUUCUCAGCUCCCGGAUACAGAACCAGGACUUUUUUUUUUUUGAGGAAAAAACGGUGUUAGAAAAGAGUGGAGGGGGAGUUCUGUCAAGUCCUGCACUGGAGGAGGCUCAGGCUUGCGGUGAGGCUAGGUACUGGGAGGAGUGUGCUCACGGGUUAGGCAUUUGUGUAGGUGGCAGGAGAAAAGCGCCGAGCAGAUUUUGCGGAUGACAAACGAGGUUCGGCUGGGGGAGAGGGGGAGGGCAUAGGAUCAUGAUGUGAUAAUAAGCCUUGUAAAAGGGUUUGGCACUGCUCAGUUCCUGACAUAUUAGCAAAGCCAUAGAUUAUUUAUUAUUUUUUCCAAGCCCACUGAGGCAAGAUGAGGCAAACUCAGCCAUAGGAAGGUGGUUAGUGAUGUCACAAGUUCAGUCUUUUCAAUAAAAGCAAUAGAGAAGGGUCUCCCUCUCUAUAUAUAUUAGGAGAAGCUUCUGUUCUUCAUAAUAAAAAGAGCAGCAAGGGAGUAAGGCACCUGCUUUUAAAACCCUUUAUUUAGCACUAAUCUGUUGCAGGAAGAAUAAAAAGUCUGCAGAUCUGAGUAUAUUUUAAAAGUUUUUUCUUUUUCUUUUUUUUUUUUUUUUAAUUUAUUUCACUCUCUUUCUUUCUUUUUUCUUUCUUUUUUCUUUCAUUCUUUUUUUUUUUUUUCCUAAGGAUAGAAAGUAGUUUUGGAAGCAGUUGCUGAGAAGAUCAACCACUGUUGGCCAGGGUGAUCUCUGAGAGGCACAGAGGGCUGUAACUCAAGAAAAAGGUUUAAGCCCCGGAGGAUAUGAUGUUCACGAAACUCUUUCAGCAGUGGAGUUUCGCGGUGUUUCUUCUGAGUUAUUCUGUGCCCUCCUACGGAAGAUCAGUAGAGGGGAUCAGCCGCAGACUCAAACGGGCCGUAUCAGAGCACCAGCUACUGCAUGACAAGGGCAAAUCAAUCCAAGACUUACGAAGAAGGAUAUUCCUUCAAAAUUUAAUUGAAGGUGUCAACACUGCAGAAAUCCGUGCAACUUCAGAGGUCUCACCUAACCCUAAGCCUGCUACCAACACAAAGAACUACCCUGUCCGUUUUGGCAGUGAAGAUGAGGGCAGAUACUUAACUCAGGAGACAAACAAAUCACAGACCUACAAGGAACAGCCCCUGAAGGUAUCAGGGAAGAAAAAGAAAGCGAAGCCUGGAAAACGUAAAGAACAAGAGAAGAAAAAGAGGCGAGCUCGCUCAGCUUGGCUAAAUUCUGGCAUGUAUGGAAGCAAUGUAACUGAGAGCCCAGUCUUGGACAACUCUGUUACUACACAUAAUCAUAUUUUAAGGAGGCGCUGAUAUUUUCAGCAAGACAACUUUGGAAGACAUAUUGCAGUAUUCUGUAAUAGUGAACAUAGAACAUAUGGGAAGUAUUAAAAUAUUUAUUACCUGUAAAUAUUGUAAAUGCUCAGAAUAAAACCUUUUUGCCCCAUUGCUCUCUAAAACUGCACAUUUGGUUAUUGUGAAUUUUCCUUUUUUUUUUUUUUUUUUUUUUUUUUUGGCUAAGGCUAAGACAGUUAUUAAUGUCACAUUUACCCUAAUUUAUUUUGUUGACUGGUGUAUUUAUUUUGUGAACAUAUCUUGGUGCUGCUGACUUUCUCUAUUUUUUGUAACAUAAUGCACUUUAGAUAUAUAUUGAGAACUGAUAUUAAAUGUUCCUGUUUUGUGGUUGACUUCAGUGAAUGCCUACACAAAAUUUUUCAAACUGAUUUUCCUUUGUGCAUGUAUAAUAGCAGUAUUUUAAAAUUUGUAAAGAAUGUUUAAUAAAAUAUAAUCUAAUUAAA